AUGUCAGAUUCAGAGGUCAUCGUCCAAUUCCGAGACUUGAAUAAUGUGUCAUUAGGACCAUCUACGACAGUUCCAGUAAGUCUGACUAGGGACCAGAUAGAAGAGUUGGUGAACACAUUAAUCAAAAGCGAGGGUAACGAUGACCACCUGGAGACUUCCAAGUAUACAUUCAUCUUGGAGAAUAGUGAAGAAAUCAAAGAUACUCUGGAACAAGCUAUAAGUAAUGCAAAGGAUGGGUAUACCGGGGAAACGAUUUUAAACAUCACUUAUAUACCUAUCUCUAUUUACAAUAUUCGUCCAGUCACUCGAUGUGCAUCGUCAUUGCAAGGUCAUAGUGAAGCCGUUUUGUGCCUAGAGUUCAGUCCAGACGGAUCGUAUUUGGCUUCUGGAUCUGGAGAUUCAACGGUGAGAAUUUGGGAUUUGUCGACCCAUACUCCGAUAAAGACAUUUACUGGACAUACGAAUUGGGUGUUAUCCUUAUCCUGGUCUCCAGAUGGUCACUCUCUAGCCUCUGCCGGAAUGGAUAAUAAAGUGAUUGUAUGGAAUCCUAAAAAUGGUGGCAAUGUUUUCUUGGGUGGACAUACCAAGGGAAUAACCACUCUUGCUUGGCAACCAUUGCACAAUAUCGAUACAUCCGUACGCAACUAUCCAUUAUUAGCAAGCGCCAGUAUGGAUUGUACCGUUCGAAUUUGGGAUAGCAAGGCUGGAGUUUCUCUAAAGAUUUUGUCUGGCCAUACUCGUGGAAUUUCUCAAAUAAUUUGGUCUGCCGAUGACCCUAAUAUGAUAUUUAGUGCAUCCAGAGAUACUUUUAUAAAGGUUUGGAACUUUAAUACAGGGGCUCUAGUAAAAAAUUUAAAAGGUCAUGCUCACUGGAUAAAUACCUUAACAUCAAACACUAGUCGCAUAAUGAAAAGCGGUCCAUACUCUCCAGAAAACUUUGAAAUUGGUAAUAUUAAAUUCGGGUCGGUUGAAGAAAUGAUAAAGGAGUCCAGAAAAAUUUAUCAGAAAUUCAGGGAGAGUUUUGGCCAAGAAAGAUUACUAUCUGGUUCAGAUGAUAAUACAAUGUUCAUAUGGCUGCCACAUUCUGAUGGAAAUAAGCCUCUAUAUAGAAUGACUGGGCAUCAACAACUUAUUAAUCAUGUAUCAUUUUCAGCCGAUGGUCGUUACUUUGCAUCGGCUUCGUUUGACAAGAGCAUAAGGAUCUGGUGUAGUAUCACAGGAAAGUAUCUCAGGACCCUUAGAGGACACUGUGGUAGGGUCUACAGAAUAUCCUGGAGUUGCAGAGGGAAUUAUAUUGUGAGUGCAAGCUCCGAUUCCACACUAAAACUAUGGGAUGCCGAAACUGGAAAGCUGAAAUUUGAUCUUCCGGGGCAUGCCGACGAGGUAUACACUUUAGAUUGGAGCAAUUGCGGCAGAAAUGUUGCGUCAGGAGGAAAGGAUAAAAUUGUAAAGUUGUGGUGUCACUAG